UUGGGGGGUACUUUCUGGACUGGAUAUGUACUGUAAGUCUAAACUAGUCUCUCAACAGACGUGUGUUUAUGGCAAAGCGAGUCUAGCCCUAUACAGAUGUGAUAUCAAUGGGAGAACAACCAACCAGUCACACAGUGGGUUUACUUUGACAACAGUGGAUGUUUUUACUCCAUAUAAACACAGUUUAGUGUAAUAAGCCAAACAAAUGGCUGACACAUUAUUGACCUGUCAGAAACACAUGGUACAACCACCCUGUCCUGCAAGACUUCAUUGCUGGCCAAUGACCAUUACUGGUAUUCCAUCACAUGCAAUCAGAGGACCACUUCUGGUGCUCAGUGUCACACAUAACCUUUUCACACUAUCUUGCCAACCCGAACCUUACUGUGCUGUCUCAGGUUUUUUGUUUUGUUUACAUUGUCCUCUCCAGCACGGUUCCAGCACAACUUGGGUUGCUUAAAGCGAACUGAACGGGAGCUAGGGUGCCAGCCUGCCUUUAAACCAGUCGAGGGGCAUCGUUGGUUGGCCAUGGCCUGCUCAAACCAGCCUGGAAAUAAGUGUAACAAAGGCAGGCUGACCUUUGACUGGACUACACUGGAAGGCAUUAAGCCGUAAGAGUAGUACAGUUGGGAUUGGGAGAAUAGUGUGAAAAAGACCAUGGUCAUUUUAUUUCCCCAUCAUAUAGUUUUUAUCCCAUAAACUAUUUGUUUAUCCACUCAGGGCUGGUUUCCCUGACAUAGACUAAGCCUCCUACUGGAAUAAAAAGCAUGCUUAAUGUAUCAUUUUAGUCCAAGACUAGGCUUAAUAUGAGUCUAGGAAACCCACCCUUAGAUUUUAUCUGUAGAGACUGAGUCUACAGGGAGAGUUAGUUAGCUGCGAUCAGGGUAUGUUCUCCAUUGGUCAGCUUGUUCCACUUGCUCUCGAUGAAGAGGUACAUGCACUUGUCUGACCCCAUGAACCGAUAGGUCACCAUGGUGGACUCUCACGGCAACAGCCUGCAGGAAGAAGAAGAAGGGUGCAGUUAAACAGGUCAAAGUUUAAACCUGGCUGUAUCGUGUCAGGGUGUAGUGUACAAACACUAUGUUUGAUAUAGUAUGCCUAUCUUGUUUCACCCAUAAUAAAUAUAUUAUAGUUCUGAGGUUUCACCAGCCAUCAGGGCUCAUGUUUAUGUGUUCUGAUGAAUGCCUGUGUGUCUGUAUUGACCCUGUAUAGGUCAUAUGCGGCUGGUGACAAAUGGUCCAACCAACUGAAGGACCACCUACACAACCUGGGACUCAACACCACAUCAUCCUGGGACCUGGCCCAGAACAGGACGGCGUGGAGAGACCAAUGUCGAGGUGCUCCGCACUGCUCCAAGGAAGUAACGAAGACGAGUGGUCUGUACUCCCUGGUUCACCUCCACACAGGCAGUACUGAAGAGACCCAGGAUGCUGGCGACAGUGAGGAUGUGGCCAUGGUUCUGCUCCUUCAUCUGGGGAACGAAGGCCUUCGCCGUCUGGGAAACAGACAGACAGCGGUGUCCUGUGUGGUGAGUGAGUGGAGUGCAUGGUCUGGCUGUGCUGAGCCCUGCAGGGCCACAGUUCGGAUGAGGAGCAGGCAGGUCCUGCAGGAGCCCCAGAACGGGGGGGAACCCUGUCUACACGUAGAGGAGCAUGCUGGCUGUGCAGAGUAUAAGGACCACCCCCGGCAGUGCAGCAAAUCACUUGUCCCGGCUCUCAUCACUACCGGUGGCUAUGGCAACGCCAGGAAGAAGAGAGACAUCCCUGUUAAAAAUGAUGAUGUCACAGGGUACUGUGUGCAGUUUCAGCUGACCUCCAUGACCCCUGGGUGCCAGCGUAGUGUGGGGCCACACACCCGCUGGAUGCACUACCUGAGGGAGGGCCACAAGGUGUGUGUGGAGUGCCAGCCUCCGGCCCUCGCUGCCGGGCAGAGACACUGUUCUGGAGACGGGGAGGAGGAGGAGAGUGGCAGGCAGUCUCUGCAGUGGCAGGCGGUGGGAAACCCCAGGUGUCGUGGUGUGUGGAGACGUUUUGGGAGACUAGACUCCUGCUCCUGUCCCACCGUCCACAGCUUCCUCUUCAUAUAACCCUGGACAGCUUCCUCUUCAUAUAACCCUGGACAGCUUCCUCGGACAGCUUCCUCUUCAUAUAACCUGGACAGCUUCCUCUUCACCCUGGACAGUGACAGUUUCCUCUUCACCCUGGACAGAUGCCUCUUUAUAUAACCCUAGACAGAAAUUCCUCUUCAUAUAACCCUGGACAGAUUACUCUUUAUAUAACUCUGGACAGCUUCCCCUUCAUAUAACCCUGGACAGCGUCCCCUUCAUAUAACCCUGGACAGCUUCCUUUUCAUAUAACACUGGACAGCUUCCUCUUCACCCUGGACAGCUUCAUCUUCAUAUAACCCUGGACAGCUUCCCCUUCACCCUGGACAGCUUCCUCUUUAUAUAACCCUGGACAGAUUCCUCUUCACCCUGGACAGCUUCCUCUUCAUAUAACUCUGGACAGCUUCCCCUUCAUAUAACCCUGGACAGCUUCCCCUUCAUAUAACCCUGGACAGCUUCCUUUUCAUAUAACACUGGACAGCUUCCUCUUCACCCUGGACAGCUUCCUCUUUAUAUAACCCUGGACAGAUUCCUCUUCACCUUGGACAGAAUCCUCUUUAUAUAACCCUAGACAGAUUCCUCUUUAUAUAACCCUGGACAGCUUCCUCUUCCUAUAACCCUGGACAGCUUCCUCUUUAUAUAACCCUGGACAGCUUCCCCGUCACAUAACCCUGGACAGCUUCCUCUUCAUAUAACCCUGGACAGAUUCCUCUUCACCAUGGACAGCUUCCCCUUCAUAUAACCCUGGACAGCUUCCUCUUCAUAUAACCCUGGACAGCUUCCUCUUCAUAUAAGCCUGGACAGCUUCCUCUUCAUAUAACCCUGGACAGAUUCCUCUUUAUAUAACCCUAGACAUAUUCCUCUUUAUAUAACCCUAGACAGAUUUAUCUUCAUAUAACCCUGGACAGCUUCCUUUUCAUAUAACCCUGGACAGCUUCCUCUUCAUAUAAACCUGGACAGAUUCCUCUUUAUAUAACCCUGGGUUACUGUCUACCUCCUCUUCAUGGACAUACAGACACAGGACAGCACAGGGAUCAGGCAUAAUCAAAAAGCAGCACAGACCAUGCUGUGUGUGCAUUCAUAUGGACCAGAAUGUACCAGUGUCUCCCAUAACAUUUGAUAUGAAACCUCUGCCAACAAUUAAGUCUUGUUUAUGUGGCUGUUUUGGGUAAUUUUGUUCUCUGGUUGGACAGAAUCUUCCUUCUGAAACAUGCUAUUGUAGAUCUGUUUCUUUUCUAAGAGUAUGUAACUGUCAGUUCAAUUUUUCUUUGCAUCACUGAAAGCCUUCAAUAAUGCCUGGAAUACAUGUCAGUAAUCAAAACUCAAACCAUUAAUGAAUUAGAUUUUAUUUCACUUUCAGUCAUCCAAGGGGAAUGUAAAGAAAGAUCUUGGGAAAUGUAGACCCUUUUUACAGGACCGGUAAACUGGAGUUGUGCAUGUGUUUCACACCUAGUCACGGCUCCAAAGUUACGACAUGCAUUGAUAGAACAACAGAACGUUUAUACAGAAACAACAUACAGCAUAGGAAAGACAACAGGUAGAAAUAUUACAAAACAAACAGUAGCCUAGAGACCUACAAACAGUAGAAGAAGAGGAAAUUGUGUACGUUACAAUGACUGGUGGAUUCAGCAAGGUUGGAGUCAAUUCCAUCUAUUGGAUCAAUUCUUUAAUUGAAUUCUAAUUUACCAAAGCAUUUCAAAUGGACCCCAACUCUGAAAUCGAACAUACAUUUAAUUGGCAUUUGGCUAAUUCCUAAUUGUAUGUUUUUUUAUAUCUUAUCAAAAAAUAAGAGAAA